AUGCGUUCGAAUCCUGGAAAAAGUGGGCUGCUGGAGCCACAAAUAUGGCCCAAGUUACUUGUAGAAAUGCCCACCGACGUUCUUUAUCAAAUAUUCCAAUGGCUGGAGUCACGAGAUAUUCUGACCUUAGCGGACAGUGUCCAUGUCAUUCAAGCCUUCUUGGCAAGUGCAGAUGCCAAUGCCCUCUGGAAGUCUCUCUUCGAGAACAACCCUAUCGCUAAGGAUUGCCCAGCUCCCCCACGACCAGAGCUAGUUUCCCACCAGCAAUGGGCUGACCUGUUGUACGCUCCGCUUGUAUGCCAGCUGUGCGGACGAUCCGCAUCUGUGCCUGACUUCUGUAUUUUGCGAAGACUCUGUGAGGACGAAUGUCUCGCGAAUCCCGAGAAGAUGAUUUUCUUCCGCGAAAUGGAUGACAAGCUCGACGCGGAACCCAUUUGGGACAUGGUUCCAUACACGACCGUGAAACGCUACGAGAGCUCCAAAUUUGUUACUAUUCGAAGGUACUGGAAGGAUGACUUCGAUGCUGUCCAGAAGGACCUAUCUACCUACGACUCUCCGGAUGCACCUAAGCCAUCAGACACUAAAGAAACAUUCAUUUCGCAACGUAGGAGCUACGUGGAGGCCCUUUUGAAACAUAGCCAUAUGUGCAUCGGUUGGCUAGGUCAUUUAAAUAUUCAGGCUGAGUCCAUGAAACGCGAGAAAAGGACUAAAUUCGUCAACGAUAUGCGAACCCGAUGCAUAAACCAUGGAUUUUUGGCUAACGAAGUGGACUCCGGAAUGAACCGUUUGUACAGGCUAGAUCCCGAUUACGAGCUUACUGAUUCAAAAUGGGAGUUGUUACUCCCUCAGGUCAUCGCGAUCCUUGCCCCCAUACAGAAAACGCGCCAGGUUGAUAACGAGACUCUACGUAUCCAAAGGCGCAAGGAAUCGGUAUCCAGAGCCUACACAUCAUAUCUCAAUACGCUUCCGGCAAGGAAAUGGCACUGUACGCCGUUUGAAGAGGCGGUGUUGCAAGACUUAUACGUCUUGAUCCAUGACCGCUCGGAUCAAACAUUGGAUAAUCCUAAGUUCAAGGAGACGCAGCUUUAUCCGCGGUUCGCUGAAUUUUGUCGGACUGAAGCUCAGCGGAUGCGCCGACAGCUCGAGAGCGACAUAGUGAAAUCCGGAGUUUUGGACGGCAAAGAAGGUGUGCCAAAGACCGACCUGAUUGACCGUGCAUUCGCGGUGUUCGUAUGCCCCAACCUGAAGGGAAAGCCAAGAAGACUUCAUUGUCUGAUCGCAUGGGAUGGAAUAUGGUCGACGAUCAAUUAUUUGAACCAACCUCUCAGGACGAUUCGCUUUGCGGUUAAAGGAUUCCAAGCCGUAUUGGCAAUUGCCGAGCUCAUGGAGAGAGACCCCAUGCAUCUGAUGGCUUCGGAGAUGGAUCGUCUGGAUAUUCGGUUGGUCUGCAAUGGAUGUCCUCUGAAGUCGUACAACGGAUUCAAGGGUAGAGAGGUCUUGACUUGGCGCGAAUAUGUCGAACAUUUUACUGACUCGUCAUACUGGAGUCCGUUGGGCCACAGCAGUCCAAACAUAUCAAUUCUCAACGUCUCUGUCGCCGCAGACAUACGCAAACGGGAGAACCCCGAAGCGAUCAACUCCGAUCACGUUUGGAGCUGCAAUCACUGCGCAGUUCACUUCCGAAACUAUACGACAAGGACCAACGUGUGUGAACAUUUGAGCGCUGAGCACGGCAUCCCUCAGCCAAGAGACGCCGAGGACUUGGUUCUUAUGAAUAUCCCCCGAGCUCCUAGAGAGCCGGUAGCAAUCAGCUUGGAGCCCUUGAACAACCUGGUCUGUGUGAUGUGCCCUCUUUCGGAGACUACCUACUACUCCCUACCGAAUAUAACUACACAUCUUCACAGCGUUCAUAAUAUCGGACAAGACUCAUCUUGCUCGAAACUAUUUUACGAGGCACAGUUUUUCAAAGCUUCCACUGGUUCAGGACAACACAGUAUGAUCUAG